GUGCGCUGGCGGAGCGGCGGCGGCGGCGGCGGGGAGCGCGGGGCUCGGAGCGCGGGACCCAGAGCCCGGCCCGGGGACGUGGCAGCCGCCUCUCCCGCCAGAAAGUUUCCCAGGAGUUGGCCGCGCGCGGUGCGGGGGCAGGGGUGGGGGCCGCCCGCCCGGGGAACCAUGAACGUGUUCCGGAUCCUCGGCGACCUGAGCCACCUCCUGGCCAUGAUCUUGCUCCUGGGGAAGAUCUGGAGGUCCAAGUGCUGCUCCGGUGAGGGUCGCCCGGGCGGAGGCAUCUCUGGGAAGAGCCAGAUCCUUUUUGCUCUCGUCUUCACCACCAGGUACCUGGACCUGUUCACCAACUUCAUCUCCGUCUACAACACAGUGAUGAAGGUGGUUUUUCUCCUCUGUGCCUACGUCACAGUGUACAUGAUCUAUGGGAAAUUUCGGAAAACAUUUGACAGUGAGAAUGACACGUUCCGCCUGGAAUUUCUUCUGGUCCCUGUCAUUGGUCUCUCCUUCCUUGAGAACUACAGUUUCACUCCCUUGGAGAUCCUCUGGACUUUCUCGAUCUACCUGGAAUCGGUGGCCAUCCUGCCCCAGCUUUUCAUGAUCAGUAAAACCGGAGAGGCGGAGACCAUCACUACUCACUACCUGUUCUUUCUCGGGCUGUACCGGGCACUCUACCUGGCUAACUGGAUCAGGCGGUACCAGACUGAGAACUUCUACGACCAAAUUGCAGUGGUAUCUGGAGUGGUACAAACCAUCUUCUACUGCGACUUCUUCUACUUGUAUGUGACCAAAGUCCUUAAAGGAAAGAAGUUAAGUCUUCCAAUGCCAAUUUGAGGGCCCCACAGAUGGUUCUACGCCUUCACGAGGACACAGAAUAAACUCUUUGAAAUAGUCUCCUGGACGACUUCUACAGGACUCAGGCCUAACGUCAG